ACCUGCAUCAGCUGUCUUGCGUUUGCACUACACCCUCGGGGCACAACACUCGUUACCCAUGACGACGCGUUUCUUCAAACACUGCAACAGAGAGUCUUUGCACUUGGAUAUGGAGAUAAGUUACCCAUGGAUAUUUUUACUCCAGACAAAUGGAUAAUCGACAAAUUAGCUAAGGUCUUAGAUAAAUAUGAAAAUCCUUUUCUGAAAGACGCUGCAGCUGUGCAUAUAGAAGGAGUAGAUUUAGAAUCCCUAAUAACCUUUUGUUUAGCAGACUCCGAUUUGUAUAACGGAUACGAUAAAAAGUAUCAUACCGCAAAGGAUCAAUAUGGACAGUGUCAUGAUGAACCCCUGAAAACUGGCGAUACUGAGGUUAGGCACAAAUGCCGUGAUAAAAUUAUGGCUACAUUCGAGAAAGAGACAAAAUUAUAUAUUGAUAAGGCUACAGCAUGCGUUGCAAAAUGCGUUAAACUUGGAGCCGGCUGCAAGAAGAUGCUUCAAGAAUUAUAAAAAAAAUUCAAUAAAGAUUAUUUAAACGUGUGGUGAGAAUGUUUAA